AUGGCGGGAGAUGAAAGCGCUGCUGGUGCGGAUGCGGGUGCUGUGGUGGUUGUUGCUUAUCUAGGGCCUGAGGGGAGUUAUACACAUCAGGCCGCCCUCUCCGCCUUUCCCCCAAACACCACCGCCACCAACACCAACAACACCAACAACAACACCACCAACAACAACAACACCAACAACAACAAUGCUAUCCGUCUAUCCCCCCAACGCACCAUCCCCGACAUCUUCAACGCCGUGCAAUCCGGUACCGCGGCCAGGGGCGUCGUACCGUUUGAAAACAGCUCGAAUGGCAGCGUCGUCUUCACACUGGACCUCUUCGCCGAUAUCGAGGGCAAGUAUCCAGAUAUAGAAGUUUGCGACGAAGCCUAUGUCGAAGUCAAACAUUGUCUUUUAGGACACGCGCCUCAGCUGCGUUCAGUCGAUGCACUGGAUACUACAACCGCACCAGAACCUGGCGAAGAUGGUACACUUUCACGUUCAAGUACAAGUACAACCCCACCACCCCACCCAGACCUCACAAAAAUCCAAACCCUCUACUCCCACCCCCAGGCCUGGGGCCAAUGCACUCGAUUCCUCACCACACAUCUCCCACACACCACACGCCACGACGUCUCCUCGACCUCGGCCGCCGCCGCCCUCGUCGCCCAGGAUCCCUCUGGUACCAGCGCGGCGCUGUCUUCCCGCAUCGCCGCCGACCUGUUUGGCCUCGAUGUGCUAGCGAGCGCGGGCGUGAACGAUUCCGUGGGAAACACAACGCGGUUCUUGGUUAUUCGACGGAGAAUGCAUGGUGUCCUCUCUUUUGCACCAGUCUAUUCCCCAACUGGAAUUCAAACUCCACCACAGCCUCAACCUCGACCCCCAAAUCCAAAUCCAUCUCCAAAUCCAUCUCCACUUCCCCAACGCGCCCCCGCACCCCACCCAUCCCGCUAUAAAUCCCUCGUCACAUUUACGCCAAACGACUCGUCUGCGCCCGGCGCCCUGGCCGCCUGUCUCGCUCCGUUUUCUACGCGCGGUAUCAAUUUGACGAGUAUUAGUACGAGGCCGGCUGGGGUGCGGAAUUGGUCGUAUGUGUUUUUUGUUGAGUUUGAGGGGGGGUAUGGGGAGGAGGGGGAGGAGGUGGGAGGUGGAGGUGGUGGGGAAGGGGAGGCAAGGAGGCAAGGAGGCAAAGAUGAACAAGAGGGGCAAAAUGUUAAAGAGGCGUUGAGAGAGUUGGGUAGUGUGUGUAGGAGGUUUAGAUGGUUGGGGAGUUGGGUGGAUAGGACGCCGAGGGAUGAUGGUGUUUGA